AUGUCAGAGCCGUCAGAGCUCCCCUUUCGCUGUGUCCAAUGUGGUGCCUGGGAAAACGUCCUGGUGCUGCGGAUCUCGCAUCAGAGUGCCGAGAAGCCCAUCCAUUUCCAUCAAGUCGAGAUCUACGGCUGCGACGGGAUCAACUACGCCUCCGCCGUGCGGGGCGGCUCGGCCGUCGCCUCGUCGGAGCAGGGCGAUGGAGAGACCUGGGGCCCCGCGCGCUUCGUGGUGGACGGCGAUCGGGAGCGAAACGUGUGCCACUGGAGGAUGGAUGGUUGGAGAUUGGCCAAGCCAGUGGACGUUGAAAGCUUCGCCAUCUUCAACAUGUGUGAUGAUGAGUACGACCAUCGGCUCAGAUGUGAUGGCCAUUUGGUGGAGUUGUUGAACGAUGCAGGGGAGGUGGUCUUCGCCCAGCACAUCUCGCAGGAGCUAGACGUGGCGCUCUUCGACCAGGCGAAAGGCUGUCGACAGCGGUGGAUCAACGAAGAUGCGCGGAGCAUCAUGGCCAACGUGAGCCUGGAGGUGGACGCCGAGGACCCCGGGCAGCUCAAGGUUUGUGCCACACGGAUGAGCGGAGAGCUUCUGGUGGAGGUGUUUACAAGCCCGGAGGCCACUCCGGCCAUGCUUUGUGAGGAGAUCGGAAGGCUUUGCGGCCUCGAGGCUUAUCAUUUGCGGCUUCUUUUGGCCGAUGGCCGAGUAUUGCGGCUGAGCAGCGCGCCAGAGCCUCUGCGGAGUUAUUUGGAGAAUGACGGCAACGAGAACGGGGAGUGA